AUGGAAAACACCACAUUUAUUACCAUCCAUGUGGAUAUUCUUGGACAUACCCCUGACGAGAUUGUCAACACUUCGGUUUGGGACCGGUUCCAUCCCGACGAUGUUCCCUUUGUCAAAAUGAAGCACAAGCGAGGAGUGACUAUGGACAAAGCAGCCGUACUCGCCUACGCGCGCAUUCAGGACCGCCGUAGUCACUAUGUUACAUGCGAAUGCUGCUUCUCUGUCGUAUACGAUGUCAUGGUGUGUCGCACCUCCAUUUACUGUUAUAGUCACAGCAGCCAGAAGCGCGCCAUGGACGCACCCUUGAUACGGCGACUAUUCACCUCCUCUCCAGAAGAUCCACGCUAUCACAAGAUUUCCCAUCUGUCAAGCAAGUUCUCGCUGACAGAUAAGAAGCAGACUCAUGAACCACUUUGGAGCAAUUCGGCAUCUAUUUGGCAACGGACAUAG